CCAGUGGAGCCAGUCUAUCAGUUUCCCAUUUCUAAGAUGUUAUCUUCUCCUCACUACCACCCCACCAUCCAAAUCCAUGUCUCCACCCACAACCCCAAUUCCACCACCACUCUCCUCCUCCCCUUUUCCACCACCACCACCACCACCACCAGACUCCCCCACCUCUUCCCCAUCUCUUCAUCUUCUCCCAAUCAUCAUCACCACCACGAAACCCAUCAAAACCCAGACACCACCACCACCACCUCCAAAGAAAUAUUCCGAAAGCACAACGACAAAUCAACAGCCUUCCUUCUCCACCACCUGUCAACCCAACAACAACAACAACAACAACAACCAAAACCCAAAUCUCAACCCCUUGGGUCCGAACAAGUUCACUCCAUACCCGAAGAAGACAGAGUGAAGCUUCUGGAAAUCUCUCUCGUACGCAAAAGAACCCCUCAAUUUCCAGGCGCUAUCUACAUACAGUCCCCAAGCGACGCCGAUGUGAGCUCUUCUCUGCCGCCUCUUCGCAGCCUAUUCGCCGGCGCUGAAGAUGAAGAGAUGAUAUUCAGGGCGGUUGAGAUUCGGCGCACCGUGACGGUGGAGAUUUUCAAGGAAGCGAUGAGAAAGGGCAAGUUUGGGAUUACUUAUUCUACCAAUUUGGUUUCUAGGUUACCUGAAUUUAUUGAUUUCGUGAUGAUUAAAGCUGCUUCCAUGAAGCAAUUGGAUGAAUAUUCACAAUCUACAUUCAAUGUUCGUGCCAAAACAUUCAUUGAUGAGUCUAAUGUUGUCCCACUUAUCAGGUGGUUGAAACACAAUUCACUGUCAUAUCCUCAAAUUGGGAAGCUCAUAUGCAUGUCAAGAGGAAAUCUUGAUGCCAUAAGGCAUGUUGCUGAUUGGUUGAAAUCAAUUAAUGUGAAGGGGAGAUUUAUCGGGGUUGCAUUGGUGAAAGCAGGAGAGAAUAUUUUGGAGCUCAGUGAUGAAGAAUUGGAUGAGAUUGUUGGUUAUCUAGAAAGCAACGGUGUGAGGAGGGACUGGAUGGGUUAUGUCGUGAGCCGAUGUCCUUGGUUGUUGUCUUACAGUAUGGACGAACUGAAGUCUCGGGUGCAAUUCUACUUGGAUAUGGGUAUGAAUGAUAAAGAUUUUGGAACAAUGGUUUUCGAUUAUCCCCAGGUGCUUGGCUACUUCUCUAUGGAAGAGAUGAAGCAAAAGGUAGGUUAUCUCAUGGAAUUUGGCCUUGGCAAUGAAGAUGUUGGUAGAUUACUAGCUUUUAAGCCACAACUGAUGGCUUGCAGCAUUGAGGAAAGAUGGAAGCCACUUGUCAAGUAUCUAUACUACCUUGGGAUUUCCAAAGAUGGUAUGAGGAGAAUACUUACUAUCAAACCAAUGGUUUUCUGUGUUGAUUUGGAGAGCACCAUCGUGCCAAAGGUACAAUUUUUACGCGACAUAGGUGUUAAAGAAGAUGCCAUAGGCAACAUGCUUGUCAAGUUUCCUCCAUUACUGACGUACAGCCUCUACAAGAAAAUCCGCCCCGUGGUUGUAUUCUUGUUGACAAAAGCUGGAGUCACCCAGAGGGAUAUUGGAAAGGUGAUAGCUUUGGCGCCAGAGCUCUUGGGGUGCAGCAUAGCACAUAAGCUGGAUGUUAAUGUGAAAUAUUUUCUGUCACUUGGCAUUCCUCUUCGAUUAUUGGGUGAGAUGAUAGCUGAUUUUCCCAUGCUACUCCGCUACAAUAUAGACGCCCUUCGUCCCAAGUACCGAUAUUUGCGGAGGAUUAUGGUACGCCCUUUGAAGGACCUCAUUGAGUUUCCAAGGUUCUUCAGCUAUUCCCUUGACGGUCGAAUAAUGCCAAGGCACAAGAUUCUGGUGGAGAAUCGGAUAAAUUUUAAACUGCGCUACAUGUUACCGGGCACCAAUGAAGAAUUUGAUCGGAGGGUUCGUGCUGCAGUGGAGAGGCGCCAGAGAUUUGAAUCCGGUGUCGCAGAUAACUACCCAUCUGAUUGUCAAACUGAUGGCUCCAUAGAGAGGACUUUAGUUGAUUUUUCUGUAAAUGAUUAUUCUUCUUCUGAUAAUCAAACAGCUGAGUGCUCAAUGGGAAGUAAGCAGUUGAGUGCAUCAGAAAACAAGAUUUCUCAAAGAUUGUUGAUUUCAGAUUAAUAAUAAUAAAAUAAAUAAUUUAUAUGAUUCC